ACACUGUACUUGAUGAAUGAGAAAGUGAAAGACAGAUACAACGCUGCAGAAAAAGAGUGAGAGACUGAUACGAGAAUGAACUGAACAGUAGAUGGAGACACUGGGACAGACGGAUGAGAGCAGAGAGACAGAUGGGGUAAAAAAAUGAGAGAAGCUGCCUGGCAGAUCUGUGACUUCCCAGUACGAUGUUUUUAUUUGUGAAUUGGCGUUUCCAUAUUUUGUGACUUUGAGGUGUCUGAGCUCAGUCACUGGGCAGCGGGAUUGCGCGGGGCCAUGUCAGUGAAGUGUUGGCGGUGCUUUUGUGAUAAAUGUCGGAUCAUGUUUGUUUGUGUCUGGUCGGUGUUGGUGCCGGCGUGAACCACAGUCACUAGCGGAACUGUGUUGAGGAGAGGGGAGGCUGGCACAGCUAGCCCCGCCUCCCCUGGUCCCUCACGUAUAAAUAGGGCUGGAAGUUAUCCUCUUCUGGCUCAACACUCGCACUGAAGAAUGAGAUCCUUGAAGCACCUGAAGCCUCACAGCAGGAGAAGCGCGAGACACCAUGAUUGGAGGGAGGAGGCGAGCCGGCGCCUGGGUAGAUGUGAGCCCAAGGUAAUGGCCAGGCUGGUGGAGACAGGCACACAGACAGAUCCAGUAGUUGUGCUGUCCUUGGCCCAGGCUGCCGUGCUAGGUCUUAUCUCCCAGAAUGAAGUGUUUGGAGCUACCAUUGCACCCAACGGCUUCUACACUGGUGAACCCAAAGAGUCCCCUGCUCCCCCAGUAGACGGAGUUGACUACGAGUACGCAGACCAGCUUAUUGGAGCAAACGGAGAUUAUCUUGGAGAUAAUUUGGGAGAAGACGGUCAGAUGCAACCCAGCUGCAGUCAGAGGAGGUGGCAACAGGGGCCUCCUCAACACCCUGAAGGGAAAAUGAUUGUUCAUGAUCGGCACAGCCUUCAAGGCGGUGAAGGGUCCUCAUCCCUUGUGAAAGGGGAAGGGGUGAACUCUGUGAUGUCCUCAUGUGUUCACAUGCUUAACAAUAUGGCUCCCAGAGGGGGUUUAGUUCAAGUCGAUCCAGCCACUCUCAGAGGUACUAAUAAGAACUGUGCAGAGUGUGAUCGGGCAGCGUCAAAUCAACAGCAGCCCAGCACACAUGGCCACCCUCCUCCCUCUCAAGUGGGCCUCAGUGGAGGGGAGCAGGGCCACCGAGGACUGCAGGGCCAGCGUGGCAUGGGUGGACACAGUCGAGGUGGUCGUGAGGAGGAAGAAUCAGUGGACCACCAGGGGAACAACAUGAUGAAGACCACACAGCAAGAGGAAGCAAUCAGCAGCUACUUCCAGACCAGUGAAGUGGGCAGCUAUGAUUCUGGGGAAAUGGGCAUGGGGGGUGAGUACGAAGAUGGCAGCCAAGGCAUGAUGUGGACUGAUGGGAGUGGUGGGGCACAGCACCAACAGCAGCCUCAGCAUCAGCAGCCUCCUCGUCGGCAUGGUGGGCGUAGAGUUGACAGGCUAGAUAUCAACAUACAGAUCGACGAAUCUUACUGUGUGGAUGUGGGAGAUGGCCUGAAGCGCUGGAAGUGUCGCAUGUGUGACAAAUCGUACACGUCCAAGUACAACUUGGUCACACACAUUCUCGGACACAAUGGCAUUAAGCCGCAUGCCUGUCCACACUGUGGCAAACUCUUCAAACAGCCUAGUCAUCUUCAAACACACCUGUUAACCCACCAAGGUACCAGGCCCCAUAAGUGCACUGUCUGCAAGAAGGGCUUCACCCAAACCAGCCAUCUGAAGCGGCACAUGCUUCAGCACACCGACGUCAAACCCUAUAGCUGCCGUUUCUGCCGCCGCGGCUUUGCCUAUCCCAGUGAGCUUCGAGCGCAUGAGGUUAAGCACGAGCGUGGACGCUGCCAUGUCUGCUCACAGUGCGGCAUGGAGUUCCCCACCUAUGCCCACCUCAAACGCCACCAGACCAGCCACCAAGGCCCUCAUACCUUCCAGUGUACAGAGUGCAGCAAGUCAUUUGCAUACCGUAGCCAACUCCAGAACCAUCUGCUGAAGCACCAGAGUCCACGACCCUACACCUGCUCACAGUGUGGCCUGGAGUUUGUGCAGCUCCACCAUCUACGUCAGCACUCCCUCACUCAUAAGGGGAUGAAAGGUCACAAGUGUGACGUUUGCUCCAGAGAGUUCACUCUGUCUGCCAACCUGAAGAGACACAUGCUCAUCCACAACAGUGUUCGGCCCUUCCAGUGUCACGUCUGCUUCAAGAGCUUCAUCCAGAAACAGACCCUCAAGACCCACAUGAUAGUCCACCUACCUGUCAAGCCAUUCAAAUGCAAAGUAUGUGGCAAGUCUUUCAACAGAAUGUACAACUUGUUGGGCCACAUGCACCUCCACGCUGGCAGUAAGCCUUUCAAGUGUCCUUACUGCACCAGUAAGUUCAACCUGAAGGGGAACCUGAGUCGACACAUGAAGGUCAAACAUGGAAUGGACGUCUCACCAGACGGACAAGAAGUUCUUCCAGAAAUGGAAAGCCAGGGGGAGUAUGAAGGACAGAAUUUCAACUUUACAUCACCAGACAAUAUGGACAAUAGUGGAUCCCAAAACCUGACUAAACUCACUACAGCAAAUAUGGAGGAUAUGGAGGAGUAUUACAAUUUUGGAAAGGAUACAAGCAGCUACACUACACCUUAAGCAGAAAUGGACCAGAGUCGUUUGUUUUGGUUUUUUGAGGUUAUGCAGAAAUUUUGUGAAGGCUUUGUUGUUGCUGCCGAAAGGAUUUGCUUUGUGUUUUGAGCUCCUUCCAGCAGAGAUUGAACUGAUGUACUCUGAUCGGACGCUGGGAAGGAAACGCACUUCAAACAGGACCUUUCAGAUCUGCGGCUGAUCGCAGAGACACUAAAACUGAUAUGGUCUGGAACUUUUUUUUUAAUGACACUACAGAAACAAAGACUGUCAAUUCUGUACAUUGUAAGUAUGUUAUUUGGAAGGAAAAAAGUGGCAGUUGCAGAGCCAUCAGUUAAUUUGAUGUGAUAGAAAUUAACCACUUUGCCAUUUUGUCUGACACAAAUAUAUGCCCUUAUAUUUUUGACUAAAAGUGCCAGCUAGACACAUUUUUAAUUAAGCUUCCACCCUGACAACUAUUUAUUCACAGUAUAUGAGACUUUUGGUACAAGCAGUAGUCACAGCGUAUUGAUAGGUUUGAAUGCUCUUAUUAGCGGUGAACUGGCCUGUUUUCUAUGUGCAUGCUUUUGCACAGGACCCCCACCCCCCUUCACAUGUUGGCUGGUACCAUAAGACAAAGGUGCUUAAGAUGUAAAACCCUCACACUGUUUUUUUUUUGUUUUGUUUUUUUAAUACAGCCACACCACCCCCAAGGGCCACAGUGAGGGUUACGUUUUUAGAGGUGGGAAUUUUGGUUUUGUUUUGUUAGCUUGAUUUCUGUUCCUUCACAGUAGCUUUGCAUUCCCACACAAUAUUGACUACAUUCCUUCUCACUUAGCUACUCUUAAUGCCCAACACUAUGGAAUGGAAGCACUCAGAAAUCGGUAUUGAGCAACAUGUAAUGUGGACCCUUUGACAAAUUCAGUCUCCAAAGACAUCCAGUCACAUUCAUGCAGACAUGUUAUUAUUGUUAUUAUCAAUAAUUAAGCAGACAUCCUCCUUUCUGACAGGCAGACCUUGUUUUCUGCAUUCGAAAUGCAUCCAUCUGUACCUGUGAAGUUUUAUCAGUUUGCAGUACCUGAAGACUGACUUGAAUCGACAGCAUCUCGCAGUGUUUUCUCUGAGACAGCCUUUAUUUUUUUUAAAAAGGUCUUUGUUUUCUCUCACUAAUUGCAUAGCUAUGCUUUUCAUUCAGCAGUGAUGUAUGCAUAUUUAACAUCAAAAUACAGUUCUGUGAGUGCAUAUCUGGUCCAUAGCAUCAGGUGUUGAAGAGUGACUGAGGAGUGAUGGAGCCAAUAUUACAUGGGAAUGCAAAAGUUAUUGCGGGGGAAUGCAAAACUUGUUCAGAGUGAACACAAAGUAAGCUGUAAAAAUAAAUUCCUACCUCUUAAAAUAACUCCCACCAUGGCCCUGGAGGGGGCUCUGUAGUUUGAAAUGGUUUAAUAAUCUGUCCCAUAUAGUGAAUAAUUAAAGUGAACAGGAUGAUGCACUUUUUUUUUUUAAUGAAGUCUGUGUUCUGGUUGAGUUUGAUUCACAGGGAUGAGGUGGGAAGAUGAGAGCUGGAUCUUCCAGGCCUCCAUUGAGGCAAUGUUUUUAAAGAGAAAUGGGAUUUCUCUGCAAGUUGUGGCUGACUGCAGUUUCCUUGAUUGUGGGUAUUUCAGUUGUCAACUCAAAUGUGAAGAAUGAGUCAAUUGUACGGUGACUCUGCAGUUGGGAUUUUGUGAUUUCAAAACUGUUGAAGUCAGGCCUAUUUUUCAGUUUGAUUUUCAUUCGUGAGUCCUUCCCCACCCUCAAAGGAAUGAGAGAGGAUGGUAAAACACAAACAUCGAGGCAGAUUUUAAAACUAUAAUUAGGCCUGAGGUUUGUAUUCUCUCCCUGGCUAUAAUCUGAAUUAAAAAUAGACUGACACUUGUCCUGUGUCCAUACUUGUGUUUGGGGUAGAUGGUCAGCACCCUGUUUGGCCUCCGAGAUGCAGGAUGCACAUUAAAUCUGAAGAAGGGCUGUGUUUGAGAUGAAAAAUAUCAGAGGGUGCCCUCACAGACAUGGAUUGUGAAUUAUUUAAUAAAGGUUCUCUAGUUUAAAGGA